CUGAAUGGUUACAGUCCAAGUGGCAGAUAUAAUGUGUUUUUGAUGAACAUUAAUGAGCUAGGGUGUACUUCAGGGAAAGUACAUUAUAAGGACUCAUGGGAGAGACAUUAUGACUGGACCCUGUGCUUCUUGUUUCUAUCCACAAAACUCAGUGUCUGCAUACCCUGACUUUGACACUGCACUGCCACAGUGAGUAGGAGAAAGUGUGGGUAACACAUGGCAGAACUUGGGGAAAUUUUUCUUUCUUCCUUUAAAAAAAAAAAAAAAGCAGAUGGUGUUUUGAACACAACUUGCCGUAGAACAUAAAAGCAUGAGAGUUCUGGCUGUUUGAAAGAGAAAAAAAUAAGUUGCUGUUUUUUAAUGGUAAAACUAGUUUCUUCCAGGAGCUUAAAGAAAAAAAAAAAAAAAAAAACCUUUGAGAAAUGGGAGUGAACUGCAAGAUAGGGUUUGUGUAACAAGUACCUAAAACCACAGAAGUCACAUGGGCUCUUUCUGCUUUGCUACUUUUGACUGCUUGUCAGAGAAUUAGACUUUUAGCUUCCCCUGUCCCGCAAGGCCACUCAACCAUGUGCGAGCUGGAGUAAUCUUUAUUCACAAUGUCUUUACAAAGGCUCACACAACAGGGCAGCAAUGGCAAUUUGGCGGACUACUGUGCUGGUCCAGUGUUUAGCUCUUACCCCCAGCUCAAGGGCAGCUUGCGAAUGGAUGAUAAUAGACGGAUUCAAAUGCUGGCUGACACUGUGGCUACUUUGCCUCGGGGAAGAAAGCAGCUUGCUUUGACGAGAUCAAGUUCUUUAGGUGACUUUUCCUGGUCUCAAAGAAAGCUCAUUACUGUGGAAAAACAAGAUAAUGGAACAUUUGGAUUUGAAAUUCAGACUUACCGGCUCCAGAACCAGAACUUGUGCUCCUCAGAGAUGUGCACUCUGAUUUGCAAAAUCCAGGAGGACAGCCCAGCACACUAUGCGGGCCUGCAGACUGGUGAUGUCCUUGCAAAUAUCAAUGGCGUGAACACAGAAGGCUUUACCCACAAACAAGUUGUUGACCUGAUCAGAUCUUCGGGAAACCUGCUAACGAUAGAGACUUUUAAUGGAACAAUGAUUCUCAAAAGAGCAGAGCUUGAAGCAAAGCUGCAAGUUUUAAAGCAAACCUUGAAGAAAAAAUGGGUAGAGUUCAGAUCUCUGCAGUUACAGGAACAGCGUCUGCUUCAUGGUGACCCAGGUAACUGCCCAAGUUUUGAAAACACGGACACAGAUGAGUCGGUUUUGUUUGGAAUGCUGCCGGGGUCAGGCUCAACCCUCCUGGACCGGAAUCGACUAUCCAGUGAGAGCAGCUGUCUGAGCUCCAUGACAGUGGACAGCGAGGACGGCUACCAGACGUGUGUGUCUGAGGAUUCAAGCAAGGGAGGCUUCAGUCGACAGACAAGCACAGAUGAUGAGUGCUUUGUCCCCAAGGAUGGGGACGAUUUCCUGAAGAGGUCUGUUACCAGGAGGGACCGAAGUUUUAGUUCUGCUAGCAGUGGAUCCAUGUCACCCUUGUGGGAGGGCAACUUCUCAAACAUGUUUGGGACCCUACCCCGGAAAAACAGAAGGGGAAGUGUCCGGAAACAACUCUUAAAAUUCAUCCCUGGCCUUCACCGUGCAGUGGAAGAGGAAGAGAGUCGCUUUUGAUGGCUUGUCUUGACCUUUCAUAGUAGCUUAUUUCGUAAAUAUCUUUAGACUUGUUUAGACUAACUCCACUCAGCCUGGUGGAAAGUUGCAGAUGGAUUGCAAAACUGAAACACCAUACUAUGACGAUGUGACCUUUAUUUAAAUUUUUGUACCAUAAGUUUUGUUUCUUAAAUCUUUUUUUUUUAAACCAGAAAAGCUCAGGUUAUAAACAGAAAGUAAGGGAAUUGAGUAAUAAAUUGGAAAAUAUAACAAAUUAAUGGACAUUCCUGCUCAUUCUAAUGUUGCCUGGGAAGGCAUGGGUAAAUAUUUAUUUUCUAGAUUAUGUGGAAAAUUGAGAACUUUUCAGAGUCAAGUGUAAAUAAAAGAGUGAAGGAAUAUAAUUAUUUGGAUUACCUUCCAUACGUUCAUUGUAGGUCAUAAAACUUUGUUUAAGAUCAGUAGCCCCAGGGAGGCUUAACAAUAGGUCAUUUUGAAUGUUUCUGUUUACAUCUGUGAAGGAUCAUAAACCAGAGGAUCAUUAGCUUUUUUUCACAUCCACAGCAACAAUAAAGCAGGAGGUAUAAGAUACAAAAAGAGCAGGAAGUGUAAGAUUCAAUAUGAGGGUUUGGGAUCCAUGGGAACAUGUUGUCUAAGAUGGGUGCUGAGCAGAUUAUGAUAAGGGCUUUUAGAUAGACAGCCUAGACAAAAUGGGUGAGAAUGUCAUUCUUACUUGAUUUAAUUUUUGUUCUGCCUAAACGUUGAUGGGGAGUCUAGAAUUCUCAAGAUCCUGCAUAUAGCUUUGUAUUUUUUUUUUUUUAAUAAAUGUCUGUAGUUUGAAAAA